ACCAAAUAUUUGGAACGUACCUGUAUCGUCUGAAAUACCAUAUCAAUUUUGAGACGCUCCCUGAUUAAUAUUUGUUGCUAUGACGUCACAAGUACUUUACUGAAGCGUACAAAAUGGCGUACCAAGCGGCAGGAACAGAUAAUAUUCUUCUUGUAACCGAUUCUUACAAGGUUACGCAUCAUAUGCAAUAUCCACCAAAUACUACAAAUGUGUACUCCUACUUCGAAAGUCGUGGCGGGAAGUUUGAGAAAACCGUCUUCUUCGGUCUACAGUACAUCAUCAAACGAUGGUUGUGUGGUAAGGUUGUUACGGAAGAGAAAAUCCAGGAAGCAAAGGAGUUAUACCAUAAACACUUUAUGAAAGAUCAUUUUAAUGUUGAAGGAUGGAGAUAUAUUUUAGAGACAUACGACGGUCAUCUACCAAUAAGGAUUAAAUCUGUACCCGAAGGAAUGGUCGUCCCAUAUAAAAAUGUUCUGUUCACAGUAGAAAAUACAGAUCCUAAAUGCCAUUGGCUAACAAAUUACUUUGAGACACUGUUGGUUCAGGUCUGGUACCCGAUGACCGUUGCCACCAACUCUAGGUACCAGAAAGAGAUCAUUGCCAAAUACCUUGACGAAACUGCUGAAACUCUCGAUAAACUGCCAUUUAUGUUACAUGACUUUGGUUUCAGAGGAUCGUCUUCUGUAGAGUCUGCAGGUAUCGGAGGGUGUUCACAUUUAGUAAACUUUAUGGGAACAGAUACCAUAGCUGGGAUAACUACCGCCAGAAGAUAUUACGGUUGUGACAUCGCUGGAUUCUCUAUACCAGCUGCUGAACACAGCACUAUUACUACUUGGGGUAAAGAUGGUGAAGUUGAAGCAUUCCGCAAUAUGUUGACAAGAUUUCCUGAUGGUUUGGUAGCCUGUGUAAGCGACAGUUACAACAUUUGGGAUGCCUGUGAGAAAGUUUGGGGAGGUAAACUGAAGAGCCUAGUUGAACAGCGAAAAAAUGGUUCCCUGGUGGUGCGCCCCGAUUCUGGUGACCCUCCAACAGUUGUUGUUCAGGUUUUAGAUAUACUAGCGAAAUGUUUUGGAAAGUCGCUGAACAAGAAGGGGUACUAUUUAUUGCCGCCAUAUAUUCGUGUGAUACAAGGAGACGGGAUAAGUUACGAGACUUUGGGAGCUAUCUUAGAGAACAUGAAAAUAAAUAAAUGGAGUGCAGAGAAUCUUGCCUUUGGAAGUGGUGGAGCAUUGCUGCAGAGAUUGGAUAGGGAUACACAGAAAUGUGCUUUUAAAUGCAGUUACGCAGUGUGUAAUGGAAAAGAGGUGAACGUCUACAAAGCUCCAAUUACUGAUCCUGGUAAGAAGAGUAAGAAAGGACGUCUGACAUUAGAGAAGACGAAGGAUGGAAAUUUCGUCACUGUAGAAGAAGGGGCAGGGGAUGUCAAAAAGGAUAUUCUAGAAACUGUAUUUGAGAAUGGUAAAUUGUUAAAAGACUUCUCAUUUGAUGAAGUUAGAGCUAACGCCGAGAUUGACCUAGUUAACCAGAGAAAGAAAGAAAAGUCUGACAGUCAAUAACCAGCUAUAUAAUGAUGCCUCGAUGGCUUGAUAAUAACAUCGCACUCAUGCAGAGGUCAACAGAUUGUAUGCCAGAAAUUGAGAAUAAGUUAUGAAUGAAUAUAGAAAACUACUAUCUUCAAACAUGUCCUGUUCAAUGUGAAACAAUAUCAAAACAUAUCACUUUUGGAUGCAAAAUUUUCAAUGCUUUUAGAACAAGUACAACAAAAGGGAAAACUUUUUACCCUUUCAGGAUGAAAUUCUUAAGUUAGAUUUCUGAUAAUAAUUUCUAUUUAAAUACAUAUAUAUUGUUACUGUUGCUUUUUUAUGCUUUUAUGAACUUUGAAAAAUAUGGUAUACAUCUCGAAGAGAUCUAGAUAAUGUUACUGUUUGUGGUGUCUAAAAUUCAUGUACGUACUAUACUGUAAAAUAAGUAAUUUUUGUGGUGCCAAAAUUUUGUUAAAUCAACAUUUUUGGUUAAUUGACAAGGUCAAAUAUUGGCAAAUUUCUACUUUCAGUUCAGUUAAAUUAAUAUGAAAUAUAAAUACCUAUCAAACACUAAUAUGAAACAUAAAUACCUAUCAACACUUUUUUUGCAACUUCAGUUUGUGAAUUUAGCAAAUUUUAAUCCCUUACGAAAAUUUCUUAUUUUACCAUAUCGGCAAGUUAAGUAAAAAAUAUCUUUGUUCAGGUUAAAAAGCAAAAUUAAUGUCUUCAAAAUAAUGAAGUAAUUACAAUUCAAAAUUAAAGAGUUGUUACAAAUGUUUCAGAGAAUAAUAAGGAAAAAAUGUUUGUUUCUUAUUAUAGUAACACGUGAAUAGUAAUUGUAGUAUAAAGAAUUUUAUUGUAUGAAUAAACUUGUAUGAAUAAUCUAGUACUGCUAUGAUACUGAUAAGUAUACAGACAUUUACAGAUUGUUGUACAUGUCAGUUUGUUGUUAUGGUAUGUAGAAAACAUGUUGUAAUAUUUUUUAUUUUUUUUUGAAAAUAAUUUACUUGAACAGUGAGUAAAAAAUUCAGUUAUUGUUAUUAACAAGAGCCAAUGUUAUAUAAAUUGAAUUUGACAACCAGUCUAAAAUUCUAGCAGCUGAUUGGCUAAUUUUUGAAUUUUGAAUUGAAAUUGGCCAAUAGUAGAGCUGCAUUAAGAGACUGGUUUCCAAGUUUAGUUUUGCAGUCUUGCAGCAAGCUUUUUUUAUGAAGAUCUCUUUCAGGACCAACUACAUUAGAGCACCAUGCCUUUGUGAGUAUGAGUAAAUGCUUAUGAAUCAUAAAUUGUUUUGUUUUCUUUACAAAAGAAAGCCAUAUAUUUAUAAAUUUAUGUACAUGUAUUAUGAUAUAUUUUCAAACGCAUAUAUGUGUAAUUCUUUUCAUUGUACGGACUUGUGGUUUUGCACUUCCUUGGAGAUUCUGCUACUAUCAGGGACAGAGAUAAGAAUUUGUCAUUUUUACUUUGAUAACAGUUGUUACAAUUUAAAUAAUGUAACAAUUUAAAUAAAUUUCUCUAUUCAUCUUUAAGAUGUAAAGAUGGCAAAUUGUUUGUAAUAAAAGCCUUCAGUGAAGAAAGACCAAUAAAAUGAAAAUCUGUCAAUAUUGCUUAACAUUUAAGGUUCUAUUUUGCUGAACGAAUGAGAAAACUUGCCUGUUUUUAGACAAUUUUGUAAUCCAGGUGUCACUUGUUUUAAUCCUGGCGCUAGGCAAAAUUUCUUCAUAGCAAUUGAUCUGGGACAUUGAUUCACUCACACCACUGAUUAAGAAAUCAUUUGGCAUUUGUAUGCUGUCACUUGCGGAGAAAUUUGCAAUUUCUGGUCAGUUAUCCGGGAAAGCCAAUUAGGCGAACCACGGCCAAGAUAAACAAAAAGAUGUUGAAAUUGGCGUGAAAAUCAGGCAAACAAACAAAACAAAAGUGUAAAUAGACACAAUAUUUUCUAAUUUUUUCUCCUGGUUGCCAUAACAAAUUUUAAAUUACGGUUAUGAAGCAGCCUCAAUCAAGGAUAGACACCAUAUUUUCCUAUUCUUUUUUCCUAUUCUUUUCUACUGAUUGCCAUAACCACUUUUAUUACAAUUCAAAGCAGCGUCGAUCAAGGUUUUAAAUUCGAAGUAGUUUUAUUUUGUUAAGCAUAUUUGUGGUGAAAAGUGUAUUUUUGUAUAUUUGCUCUAAAGUCCUCCUACCAUUGCAUUGAAAAUUCCCUGCCAUUGUUAUCAUUCUACACUUUGAACAUUGUCAGAUAGAUAUUGCUGGAUGUAGCAGUAUGUCUCCAGAUGUGUGUAAAAUAAAUCUUCCAAAAAAUCACUUCUGAGAAAAAUAUUAUUUACAGUCUAAAGAAAUGUCAAUCUAAUUAAAAUCAUAUCUAUAAUUGUUGCUCCACUACACUUCACUAAGAGUAACGGAGCAAAAAACGAUGAUCUGAUUUUAAUGAGAUUUAAGAAAUGUUUGAGAAAUAUUCAAAAUUCAGGCAAAACUUUGACUGUAUUAUCUAAAAUAUUCAACAGAAUUUUGUAUUUUUAUCACAAGAUUUUUUCCUGUCACUAAUGUCCCGACACACAUCUGGAGUUGUGUUGUUUCACGUCUUUUUAUCAUAUGCUCAAAAUAUGGCAGCACCCUGUAGUUCACAUGUCCAAACCUUGCAAUAUGCCAUUAUAGAUAUUAUAUUGCCCCCUUUUAAUCAUAAACUGUACAUUUAUAUAUCACUUGCAUGUGUGUAUACACGCCAUUAGUACGAUGCCUGAAGAAAAUGUUUUCAUUCUUACAUUACCAAUUACCAUGAAAAAAAUUGAACAUCUAGAAAGUAAAAUGUAAAGGCUUUAUAGCUUAAAUAUUACAUUGUUUUAAAUCGUUAGAUGUUAAUUUAAACCUUUUUUACUUGGUUUAAAGGGUCUUUUUUAGGUGGAUUAUUUAUAUACAGUAGAAAUUCUAUGUGUCCAACUUUGAUUAGAAGAUUUGUUUUGUUAUGCCUUUUGUAACUCACUGGUAAAUGUUGAUGGCGUGAGAUUUUGUCAUUGAAUUGAGACGAAGGCCUGAUGUCUCAAAGUUUUAAGCAAGUCCCUUCAACUUCGACUUAACAAAGUUCUACUUCAUAUGUUAUGUUAGUUAUCUACUUUAUGUUUACUUAUUAUCUUAGUUAUGAGAAUCUUUUUUUUUUUAACUACUUUACCUGAAAUACAUUUAUAGCACAGUUAAAGGCACAUUAUGCCUCAGAAACCAAUUAUUUUUACCUCUUUAGUAAGAGCAAUCUUGAAUUUUGUAAAGGUUUUAGAGAAUGUUAAAUGCUUGUUACCUGAAGAAAUUAGUGAUAAAUGCGAAAUAAUUUGUCAAUAAAGUAGCAAAAUGUAAGCAAAGUAGUAUUUUGACUUCCGUUCAAAAAUACUAAAUCACUAAAAUGUACUUUUUACCAUAACAACAGAUAAAAAGUUCACCAAAAUUAAAAGGCUUUUUGAGAAAUAGAAAUAAAAGAAUUUCGGAGGCAUAAUUGGCCUUUAAUUGAUUUUAAAGGUUAAAUAACUUCUGAAAUUUGUCCAAGUAUAACAUUCCUGAAAUGUGGAUCAUUUUAUUUUACAACUUUUGUGUUUAAAGUUGUGAAACUAGCCUCCUUCUGAAGUAGAAAAUUAUUCAUGAAUGGGUGAAGACUUGGUUAUUUUUGGAUAUAUUUUACUCAAAUUUUUAUUGUAAGUUUAAAAAGGAAAGAACUGUUACUGCGAAAGUAAAGAACAUAAAUUUUUAUGGUAAAGAAAAUUUACUAAGAAAGCAAGGAAAAUUUACUAUUAAAGUAAAGAAAAUUAACUAAUAUGUGAAGAAUAUUAUGAAAACAAUUAAAAUUAACAAUGAAAAUGAAAACAUUAACUAAAAUUUGACAGUAAAUAUAUUAACUAACAUUAAAUAUUAAAGUAAAGAAAAAAAACUAUGCAGAGUUUUUUGUUUGUUUUUUUUGUUUUGUCAAUAUAUAUAUUUUGUUUAUCCUUCAGUUGACUAUCAGAUAAUCUGGAAGGGCUGGUGUGCAGGAAUAUAUUGUUGUUUUGAAUAUACAUGUAUAUUUUAGUUCUAUCAACAAACAUAGCCGUAUUUCUUAGCCACAGAAAUAGUAUUCUUCCAUCCUCUAAUUAAUAUGAUAGUCUAUUUAUUGUAUAUAUUUGGUAAUUUAUAGUAAUAUAUAUAUGUGUGUGUAUUUUAAUAACUGAUCACAUUAAAGGCACAUUGUGCCUGUAAAAUAAAAUUUAAUUCAUUUUUCCUAGUUGGAAAGGGCAAGUAUGUGUUAAUGAUGUUUAAAAAAAAAAAUUGAAAAGUGUACAAAAUUGUACAUGUACCACUUCAUGGAAUAUAUAUUUAAAGUAUAUCGGAUGUGACUUAAUUGUUUAAGUUCAGUUUAAAGUGCUUAGAACAGUUCUAUUAUGUUUGUAAGGAGUUUAUGUCCUUAAAUAAUAUAAAAGUUUAAUGUAUUUCCAUUUGUUAUAAAGAAUAGAUAGAUGUAUAAAUAUUUGUGUUAUAUUUGUCUGAAUACUUGCCUUUAUAUAUGUAAUUGGUUAGAGAAAGUUAUGACAAAAGUACACAUUCUAUUCUAUGUAUUUGCACAUUUUGUAACCAGAAUUAACUGUUGGCCAAAAGAAUCUGUCUGUCAACAUUUUUUAUGUAUUAGAAUAAAAGGGUGGGAUAUAAUUUUUUUUGUUAAAGGGACAUCACUGAGGUUUUUGAUGUGACAUGACUGGAAUUACUGUUUUUGAGAUCAAUUUUCCUUUUGAUGUAGAUCAAAACCAAAAACUUAUGUGCAAAAUUUCAGAACAUUUACUCACUCCGUUUUUUCCAGAAUGAUAUUCUUAUUAUGAAAAAUGACCUAAAAUUGAAAAGCAUUGCAAUGCUUUUCACUCAAAUUGGGCUUAGAAAAACACAACAAUACGAUUUUCAAUUUAUUUCUUAGUAUUUUUCUUAUUAACUUUUGCAUUUCUGUCUGUUUUAAGUACCCCAGCUGAUCUGUGUAAGAAAUUGAAAUUGUAUGCUUUUAUGCUUUUGAACCUCAGUGGAGUACCUUUAAGAACAUUUGUGUUAAAAAAAUAGUUUGAACUCCUGAAACAUAUGUAUAUGAUGUUGUAAAAUUUUAGGGAUAUGGAAAUAGGAGUAUUCUGAAUGUUGAAACAAACAGUUUCUUUUUGCCUUUAAGUUAAAUUUCAAAAUAUUUUGAACAUGUAUUUUAUUUUAUUUUUUCUCUAUUUUCAUACACAUUUUUAUAAUAUUUUUUCCUAUUUUUUAUACAAUUUACUCUCAUUAUUGUAUGAUAUAUGUUUACUGAACUGUUUUGUUAACAUGUUAUGACAUACCUUUAAAGAAGUACACUUUUAGUUAAAAUCUUCAAAAAAUCAAAUUGAAGAAAAAUAUAUGUAUAGCCUAGAAAAAAAUAUCUAAAUGUUCAAAAAUCUACCUUUUACUGACACAGUUAUAUUUUUCUUGCAAGAAUUUGGUCUAAUUUCUUAGGGUAGCCAGUGCAUUGGGCUAUGUUAAAAUACUUCAAUUGUACAACAUUUUACAUUUGCGGACAAUUUUCAUAAAGUUCCAUUGAAAUUAACAGAAAUAUGGGAGUGGGCUCCUUUAAAAGUACAGAUGUGACACUUUGGUAUCCUAUUUAGGCUCUUGAAGUCUUUAUUUUAUUUCAUAAGUUCUUACAACUCCAUUUAAGUGCAGAAAAGUGAAUAUGAUGCUUUUGAUUUUUGGAAACCAACAUUGGUAUGCUUGCCACUAAUAUUUUGUCAGCACUGCCUUAAAUCAGUUAAAUAGUUAGAAAAUGUUUUAUUAUUAUUUUCAGUGGCCUAUGGUGUAAUAUAGAUUCAUUAUAUAGGAUACUCACAUUUUCCGUCUCUCAGUUUGUUAGGCGAUUACCUCUAUGCUAAUAAAAUUAAUCUUAUUAACUGGU